AGCCGCUGGCGCAUUCGCGCGCUGCGCUCGCCCCCUCCCCCGAUCGGGCUGUGGCGCGCGCGCUCGCUCGCUCACUAGCUCUCCCUUCUUUUUCAUUUUUUUUUUUUGCUCCACUCCCUCCCAGUCUCUCUCUCUCUCUCUCUCUCUCUCUCUCUCUCUCUCUCUCUCUCUCUCUCCCCCCCACCUCGAAUUCCUUGCUGCCUGCGGCUCCUUCGCGCUCGCCCUCUCUCUCUCUCUCCGGUAGGCUCCACAGAGCGAUGCGAUCUCUGGGAGACAGCGACACCGCCUCCCGCUAGAGACCUGCCCCCCCCCCGGCCCGGCCCCCUGCCCAGCCCUGCCCAGCGCGCGGGGGUCGGCGAAGGCGCCGCGGACGCACCGACGGCUGAGGACCGGCGAUGCACAUGCACUAGCUGCACCCCCUAACUCACUCCCUUCACACCCCGCGCCGCGGCCGCCGCCUCCUCCGGCACCAGAGGCAGAAGGACCCACCCUGCCCCCCACCCCACCCUCCGCCGACUGCCGGCUGCGGCUCCUGCCUUGACUAUUAUUUUAUUUAUUUUGGGUUGUGCACAAGCCUCAGUGCCUGCAGCCCGCGCCUCCCCGGACGGCGGGCGCCUUCUCUUUCGGCUCACGAGCCCCAGACCCCGAACCCUCCCCCCGCCUUCGCCUCGACACCCCCGGAGACCCGGCCAGCCGGCACGAGUCUCCGCUGCUGGAAUCUUAUUAGAGGCUGUUUUUUUUUUUUUUUCCUGGGGGGGUUCAGGUUUCUCGAAAUUUUUGUUUUCCGCCAAAGGAAGGACAUCGUGAAUUUUCUUCCUCUGAGCCGGGGCUUUGCUCUCUGGGGGGGUGGGGGGCGCGCCGAGCCGGGGAGCCGUGCCAGCCGAGUCGUGCGGGCUGUGGCAGGGAAGGGGCCACCAUGGGAUGUACUCUGAGCGCUGAGGAGAGAGCCGCCCUCGAGCGGAGCAAGGCGAUUGAGAAAAACCUCAAAGAGGAUGGCAUCAGCGCCGCCAAAGACGUGAAGUUACUCCUGCUGGGGGCUGGAGAAUCAGGAAAAAGCACCAUUGUGAAGCAGAUGAAGAUCAUCCACGAAGAUGGCUUCUCUGGAGAAGACGUGAAACAAUACAAGCCUGUUGUCUACAGCAACACCAUCCAGUCCCUGGCAGCCAUCGUCCGGGCCAUGGACACUUUGGGCAUCGAAUAUGGUGACAAGGAAAGAAAGGCUGACGCCAAGAUGGUGUGUGAUGUGGUGAGUCGGAUGGAAGACACUGAGCCCUUCUCUCCAGAACUGCUCUCUGCCAUGAUGCGACUCUGGGGUGACUCAGGAAUUCAGGAAUGCUUCAACCGGUCUCGGGAGUAUCAGCUCAAUGACUCUGCCAAAUAUUACCUGGACAGUCUGGACCGGAUCGGGGCGGCCGACUACCAGCCCACCGAGCAGGACAUCCUCCGAACCAGGGUCAAAACCACUGGCAUUGUAGAAACCCACUUCACGUUCAAAAAUCUUCACUUCAGGCUGUUCGACGUUGGAGGCCAACGAUCUGAACGUAAGAAGUGGAUCCACUGCUUUGAGGACGUCACGGCCAUCAUCUUUUGUGUCGCGCUCAGCGGCUAUGACCAGGUGCUCCAUGAAGAUGAGACCACGAACCGCAUGCAUGAAUCCCUGAAGCUGUUCGACAGCAUCUGCAACAACAAGUGGUUCACAGACACGUCCAUCAUCCUGUUUCUUAAUAAGAAGGACAUAUUCGAGGAGAAGAUCAAGAAGUCCCCGCUAACCAUCUGCUUCCCAGAAUACACAGGCCCCAGUGCCUUCACGGAAGCCGUGGCCUAUAUCCAGGCCCAGUAUGAGAGCAAGAACAAGUCAGCCCACAAGGAGAUCUACACCCAUGUCACCUGUGCCACUGACACCAACAACAUCCAGUUUGUGUUUGACGCCGUGACGGACGUCAUCAUCGCCAAAAACCUUCGGGGCUGUGGCCUCUACUGAACUCCAACCUCUCCAUCUCCCACCACCCUGCCAGGCCUGCUGACCCACCCCUCCCCUGGAACCAGAGCCCCACCACCUCUCAGAAUACACUCUGUGCUUGGCAAAGACACGCCAGUGGCUGGCAUCGGGUGGGGGGCAGGGAGUGUCAUCCACCAGCCCCAUCCCCAGACAUCAUGGGCAUCGGGUGCCCUCACCACACACUGCUGCUCCCAGAUCUCUGCUUCAUCUCUGAGGGUGUUAUCCUUGGAAGUAGAGCGGGGAGACAGGAUCAAGUCCGUCAUUUGGCCCAGAGUGGGCACGCCUUCCAACUGGUAGCCCAAAGCCUGGGGACCACCUCUUGCUAUCUGAUUGUGCAGGUGUCAGGGUGACCCUGUGACCUCUGGAGCUAGCUGGGCAGUGGAGGGAAGUGGGAGCCACUGCUUGGCUUUUUUGGCGGUCUCUUUUCUCGAAAACAGCUCCGUCGUUACCAGAAGCCAGGGUGGGACCAGGCAGACCGUGUGUGGGCCCCAGGGAUUGGGCCUUCCUACUACUUCCUCCUCCUGGGUCCCACCUUGGAGGGUCCCCCUUGCCUUUCCAGGGAGCCUUUAGUCCCGUGCUCUUCGCAAGUCCAGAAGGACUCCUGAGUGAGGCUGGUUGUUGCAAAAGCAUGUGGUAGAAGGUGGGAGGUGGAGUCCCGCGCCUGGGUGGAGGGAGAGGAGGAGGGAGGUGGUAGAGAGGGGAAGCUCUAGGGAAUUAGUCUUGUGUUGACCGUGACAGGUGGCAAGGGCCUCACAGUCAAGUCCCUGCAGACCCCAGGGUGACCCAUCUGCUUUCUGCCCUCACCCAGUUCUCGAGCAAAGUCUGCAGAGCAUGAGUGGCUAUGUUGUUCCUUCUCCACUUGGCAGUGAAUGUGACUUGAGCCAGCUCAGGUGGACAGGGGCCCACUGAGUUGGAGGUUCUGAGGUCAGGGAGGCCUAGAGAAGAUGUGGAUGUGGCCCCUGUUACCACCACCCUAUCUCCCUUCCUUCCUGGAGAAAUUAGUUUAUCCAUAGUCCUUGGUGUCCUGCCACCUCCCCAAGAGCAGAGGAAGGUGAUGGGGCCACCAGCCUGGAGUGCAUGCAAUGAAAGGCCCAGCCUAGGCCGGUUCAUCUAGAAAGUUCAAGAAGCCCUUGGGAGGUCUUUGCUACAGUGAUCCCUGAGCAGAAUGGGCAUAUGGGGGAGACUUCUUGUGACCAAGGCCCUGGCUGGCCUCAGUCACUGCUCCUCUCUCUCAUUCUUACUUCUGGGCUCCAGCCAGGGUCCCAGGUAGACCCUGUGUGCUCCCACAGACUGCCUCAGGGCCAAGUGUGCACGGUCUUUGGGAGGCAUCAGGCUCCCACCUCAAGCUUUCAGUGCUCCCACCUCUGGGCUCUGCUUAGUACCAGACCUGGACAGGACCCCCUCCCUCACCUACCGACUCUGUAUAGCUCCAAUUGCCGUGAGUCAGGAACAGCCCCUAGGAGAGCCAGGGCAUCCCCUCUCUGACCCCAGUGCCAGAUGCCCACAUGUGUGCCACUUGGCUGAGCCCUUCUGGGCAGCUUUCUUACCCUUGCCCUGCCUUGUGAGAAGUUAACAGAUUAUCCCACUCUACUGGCCCAAGUCCAUGUGGGUUUUGCCUUGUGUGCUGGCCCAGUAGCAGGUGCUGAGUUCUGCCAUGGAGCCAGGGGGCAGCCAUUUUUCCCAAUGCUGAAGACAUAAAAGUUCUUUCCCAGUACCAGCAGCCUGGGUGUAGCCAGCUGUGACACCAGGCUCAAAAGCAAUUAAUGAGAGGGGGUGGCUGGAUAAGUUCUACAUUUAUGGCCACUGUCCUGCACAUGGAAGACACUGACCAUCUGAGCCCAGCUGGUGCCUUCAAACCACAGUGGCCAGUUUUGUGAAGAGCUCACUUUUCACCCCAGCCACCCGAGGAUGCCCUUGAGUGUCUAGGGUUAAGCCCUCAGGGAGAGGGUUUUGGGAUGCACAUUCCCUCCUUACCCACUGCAUAUCCAUCCAUGUUGUCACUGGUGGCUUCACUGAGGGGAGGGAGGACUGAGGGUGACUGAUGAGUUUUGGCUCCGCCGUUGAUGUGAGUGUGGGAGAAGAGGUUAUAAGAGACUAGAUUUGGGUGAGUCUCCCCACAUGAGUCCCACAGGGGCCAUGCUGAAACUCUCCACCUGACUCUGACUUAGAAACCAAGUGGAAAAUGAAUUCCAAGUGGGCUGUUUCUCUUUUGCCAAACCUGUGAGCAUUGUGCCUGCGUGUAGAAGCCUGUGGGCAAUUUCUAGCCCUGUGCUGACUGACCUCACCAGUGCCAGUCCUGACCUUCCCAUGGAGCCCUGUGAGGGGUCCUGAGGCUCCUAGCCUAACUAGAAGGGCCAGUGCCCCAGGCCCAAGGGGCAGCUACCUCUGAGGAGCCUCUGGACUCUGGGGAGGGUGUGGGUUCUGACAGUACAGCUUGGCCCUGAGCCAACAGCCUUGACCUUCUGGGUUCCGUGGCCACUUUGCACAGAAGCCAAUGCCUGGUGUCCUUCUGGCCCCAGCAGAGCCUGAGGCCCUGGGGCUGUGUGCUUCCCCAGGGGCUAUGGUCAGAGCCCCAGCAGAGGACCACCAACAUUCCCAUCCCCCCCACACCAGUUCAACUCCAUACCCCAGAUGGCCCUGCCUUGCACAACUCCCCUGGGCAUUUGUGAGUCUGCCCAGGACCAGGUAGCAACUGCAAGUUCCCCACCCAAGUUCUCAUAACCAGACAGCCUGUAACCCUGUAACCGCCCCCCCAAGGGAAAAUCCAGGCAUUAUCUCACCCAAGCCUUCCACUUCCGCUAGGACAAAACCUGCAAGGGGUCAGAGCCUACCUGCUCCCCUCAGCACUCAGUUGAGACCCCAGAAUUGAGUCCACACAUUCUUCUUAUCUCCAGCCUGCACCCUUCCUUUCCCCCAGAUCCCCCCCCCCCCCCGUCCUCUUUCACCCUUUGGUAAGUAAACUUUCCACAUUGGGUCUCUCACCCAGGACCAGGUAGUAUCCCACCAGACUCCUCCAUUUGAAAAGCCUUUACUCUGAGUCUCUCUGGGGUGCUAGAGUGAGCCCAUACCAGCAGUUCCCCCGUGUGAAUUGGAAAUCCUGCCAAGUGCAGGGGCCCUGAGGUCUAGGACAGGGACAGAGCACACAGCCAGACCCAGGACAGGGUCCAGGUGGGCACUGCUGCCAGGUUUAGCGUGGGGCUCCCCUUAGUAAGACCAGUCUAGAGUCACCCUGCCCAGAGAGCAUAGUGGGGCCCACCCUUGGGGUGCGGGAAUCCCAGGGCUCCAGGCCAACCCUAGCCCCACUAGACUAAGACCCUUGUCAAGAGGAGGGUUGGGGGUGAAAAGCAGAAAGUCCUGAAUCCUCUUGUUGAGAGAGGUGAUCCCUAGACUAAGCCAGCAGUGGGAAGCCACCAUUUCUCCCCUUCUCUCCUCACCUCUGCCCUGAUCCCUGCACCGGACUCCCGCUGCCUCCAUGGGUCCUCAGGCACUUGACCUCCUCCCCUUGCUGGUUCCCUCCCCCCACUCCUCUCUGAUGAGGCCUGUCUGCACCCCUCCCCCUUUAGCACACCUCCUUCAGGUGCAGAAGUCCCUCCUCCCCACCCCAUUGCCACCCACCCCACAUUAACUGUAAUUUUGUAAGAAGAGUGACUUGUUAGUUUAAUAAACCUCUAGUUAUUGUAAUAAUUUA